GCAACAUUUUAUGUGACUUCCUUGUUCUCAAGAAAUUUAAGCAGCACAAAAGUCUCAGCGGACACGUCUCCUGUCAGGCUCAUGAAAUGGAUUCAGACUAUCAAAUUUCUAGUUUCAUACUUUCAACAGUUGCUUCAGGCAACUCCACUGAAGAGCAAGAAAAUGAGAGGAAAGUCUGUCCUCUUAAACGGACUAAAGUUCUUCUGAUUGUUUUGGCUGUUUCUCUGGUUUUUGCUCUUGGUGGCCUCUGUAUUCUGGGUAUACUGUAUAAUCAUAAUCUUGCCGAUUUCGAAUCACUGAAUGAGCAGCACAUCAUGGUUUCAAAGCAACUGGAAACUCAAGAAAUCAUCAGCACAGCCCUGAAGAAAGAGUUUGAUGAUCUUACAGCCAGAUACAACAAACUCAGAGAACAGCUGUCCUUUAAUGAUGCUCAGUCUUGUAAUCUCUCUGUGGAUGGCUGGAUAUCUUAUCAUGGAAAGCUGUAUUUAUUCAGUUGUGAUCAACUGAACUGGUGGAGCAGUCGAGAUGUCUGUGUUUCUAAAGGAGCCGAUCUGGUCACCAUAACCAGCCGAUCAGAACAGGAUUUUCUGUUCUCCAAAAUUAAUGUGAUGCACUGGAUUGGCCUCAAUGAUCUGGACACUGAAGGACACUGGGUUUGGGUGAAUAACCAAACUCUCAAUGAAACUGGAGUACAGUUCUGGUUCAAUGGGGGGCCGAGUGAACCUGAUAACUGGAGAGUACAGGAUCCGUCUGGAGAGAACUGUGCUAGUCUGGGAGAUGAGAAUGGCAACUUUCAAUCUUGGUUUGAUGCUUCUUGUAAAAAAAAGAAGAAAUUUAUCUGUGAAAAGAAAUAUUAAUAUACCUACAUCAGUGGAACUAAUUAAUGAGGUCUAUUUUGAUUUUACAUAUGCACUCUUUUGGCUUUGCUUACCCGUGUCAGGUUAAAAAUGCUCGAUUUUUCCUCCAGUGAACUGAACUGAAAGCUCCAUUAUAAUGUCCUGACUAACUUUACAUUUUAAUCUACAUUAUAAGCUCUAAAGCAGACUACACCUGUUAAUACAAAAUAUUUUUUGGUUUGAUUCCUCACACAUCACUCAUCUUACAGUCAGAUUGAUGCUUAUGAAACUGCUGUGUUGAGCAGAUGACAGCCUUGUGGUUGGACAAGAUUUGUUUUGUGUCUAAAAUAACAGCAACAAGUCACUUCAAUAACUAUAAGACCGGUGUGCUAUAGCUAAAUGAAUAAUGUAAAUGUAAUGUGAGCUACAACUAUUUUAAGUCUUGUGAAGCUGUUUUAUAGGUUUGUAUGAGAAACAGAACAGAAUUUAAUCACUGAUAAUCUGAUAAUUUUGCAUUUUUACAACAUGCAACUUUUGCCUGUUCUGUCACUUUGUAUUUCUGUCACUUCUCUUUUCUCCACAAGAGGUCAGUAAUGCAGCAUCCUCUACAGCUUUAUUGAAUGCCCCUCCAUGAUAAAUUACUUAUGAUGUUCAAACUUUUGUAAGUCGCUUUAAUAAUAAAAGAGUGUAAUAAAUGACUAAAUGUAA